AAAGAUGAAAGUGGUGGUAAGAGAAUCGACGAUGGUGAAGCCAGCCGAGGAGACACCGAAGGUGAAGCUAUGGAACUCUUGCCUCGAUCUCAUUGCCCCCAACUUUUACACACUAAUGGUGUAUUUUUACUGGCCCAAUGGUGCUCCCAACUUCUUUGAUACGAAAGUGAUGAAGGACGGUUUGAGCAGGGCGUUGGUUGCGUUUUACCCAAUUGCAGGGCGACUUAGACAAGGCAAAGACGGCCGAAGUGAGAUUGAUUGUCAAGGACAAGGUGUGUUGUUUUUGGAAGCUGAGUCCGAUGGUGUCAUCGAUGAUUUCGCUGAAUUUGCACCUCAAUUGGAGUUGUUGAAAAUCUUUCCCUAUCAGGGAAUUGACUUGGAUCUUUUGCUAGUCUUGCAGGAGUCGGUAUGCACCAUCAUGUCAUGGAUGGGAUGUCUGCGAUGCACUUCAUUAACACAUGGUCCGAUAUGGCUCGUGGCCUUGGCAUCACUCUCCCACCUUUCAUAGACCGGACCCUCCUCAGUGCGCAGGACCCACCACAACCUGUUUUUGACCACGUCGAAUACCACACAGAUCCAACGAUCCCAUCAGAUGAAACCAAAACCGUCUACUCAAUUUUCAG